CAAUUCGGGCUCCAUUUUUCUUUCAGAGAGAGAGAGAGAGAAGAGAGAGAGAGAAAUGAUACCAGUAGCGGCAGGGGAAGAGGUCGCCCCCAAGCUCGUUAGGCUUCUGUAUUUCGUCGGCGCCGGAGUGAUCUGUACGGCGGCGAUUAACAAAUGGAAGGAAUUAGAAAGAAAGGCACUGAUUCAGAAGGAGGAGCAACAGCUCAAUCAACCACCUCUGGACAAUCCUUCAACUGUUGAGUAAAACCUAUUUAUUUUUCUUCGUUUUUACGAUUCUGCCACUAUGAGUUUUUUCGGAUUAUUUAUUUAUAUCUAGAUUGUAAUGCUUUUUUUUUUUUUUUUGAAUAUUGGGUACUAGGAUGAUUGUCAUUUUGAUUUUAUGACAAUUUUUGGGAACUUGGCUACGUUGAAACUGCAAAAUAAUAGCUGCAAUAAGUUCAUAGCUAUGAAUGUGUUCAAUUAGAUGUUGGUAUUACAAGAAAAUAUUUAAUCUUGUUUACGAUAUUUGUUUCGGGCAUUGAUUGAAAGAAAAUGAUUUCUUGUCA